UACUGUUACUCUCCCUUCCAUCAAUCCCCUUCCAUGCACACACACUUCACUCUGUCUCACGCGCUCACUUCUUUAAUCAUCUACACAACUAUAUCAACCAUGACCCACUGCGCCGGUCAAGUAUCUUCUCCGCCGUCCACAUCGGCAACUCACUCUACCAUCUCCGCUCACUGACAUGGGCUGCGGCGGCUCCAAGGUCGAGGACUUCCCCGCGGUGGCUCUGUGCAGAGAGCGGAAGAGGUUUCUAAAAGCCGCAUCGGAGCAACGCUACGCUCUGGCAGCGGCACACGUGGCGUAUUUUCAUUCGCUCAGGGAAAUCGGCGACGCUCUUCGCAAAUUCGCUGAACAAGACCUGACUACCACCACCGGUUCUUCCUCUCCGGUUCUCACAUUACCUUCCGAAACCAAGAGCAUCAACAAUAACAAACUUUCAUCCUCUUCUGCUUCAAUCUCUCACGCAGAUUCCCCCGAGGGUUCCCACUUGCCUCUCUCUUCUGGAUCCGAAUUGAGUUCUCCUUCUCCUACCCAUUCUCAUUCUCAUUCUCACUCGCAUUCUCAUUCUUCUUCGCCUCAAAUUCACGGUUCCCCAGAACCCGACCCACCUCCAUACGGGUACUAUCAAAAUUACCAAUACGCCCAUUACAUGAAAAGGUCUAUCCCCAAUGGAAAACCAAUGGUAUAUGAAGAACCAGAGAAGCACGUCGCAACAAUUGGACAAUGGCCCGAUCCUUCUUACGGUUACGGUUUCUACGGGUUUCCGGGUGGGGAUUAUCCUUACUACCCUCCCCCGGGACCGUCGUUAUCUCCGCCGCGUCCCCCUCCCGCGCCUCCGUCUCCUCCUCGCGUCUCCACUUGGGAUUUCCUUAACGUCUUCGAUAGCUUCGAGAACGGGUAUCCGAUUUAUCCCCCUCGGUUCGGGUCGAGAGCGAGCAGUCCGGAUUCGAAGGAGGUGAGGGAGAGAGAGGGGAUUCCCGAAUUGGAAGACGAGAUGGAGCACGAAGUCCCGAGAGAGGCUCCUGCGAAGGAGAAGGAAGGUAAAAAGGUGGCUGGGGAAAAGGGAUCCGCUGGAGUGAGGGAUUUCGGGGAAGGGCCUUCGAACACUAAAACGGUCCCGGUGCAGCAGGUGAGUAGCAGCGAGGGGAGUUCCAAGACGGUGAGGUUCCAUGACGCCAGCGAUAACGGUUCCGUUGAAAAAGAGAUUAUGAGCAGUCCCGACACUGUGGUUUCCGAAGAGCAUGGUGCGAAGAAAGGAGUGAGCUUCGAGAUUGAUGAAGCGACGGUUACGGCGGUGGAAGGUGACUCUUCCGUUCUGAGUAGUGUAACCACUUUGUCGGCGCACGGAACCAGGGAUCUGCGUGAGGUUGUGGUGGAGAUUCAGGAUGAGUUUGUGAUGGCAUCGAAUUUUGGGAAAGAGGUUGCGUUGUUGCUUGAGGUUUGCAAACCGCCUUAUCGGUCUAGGGUUGCUGCACUUAGAGUUAUCUUGUCCAGAAUCUUGCAGAUGGUAGCACCUUUGAGGUUACCCUCAGAUCCCCCCUCUAUACAAUUUUCUUCUAGGAAAAUAAAAUUGGCACGAGCAUACUGUGGGGAACCUGGGAAAGACUUCAAGACAAAUCCAGAAAAUCUUUCAUCCACAUUGGAGAAACUUUAUGCGUGGGAGAAGAAAUUGUAUAAGGAAGUCAAGGAUGAAGAGAGGUUACGGGCCAUUUAUGAGAAAAAGUUCAAGAGACUGAAAACAUUGGAUAAUCUAGGAGCUGAAUCUAGUAAAAUUGAUGCUACUAGAGCAUCAAUUAGGAAGUUGCAAACAAAAAUCAAUAUUUGCAUCAGAACCGCUGAAACUAUAAUGGGAAGAAUACAUAAAUUGAGGGAUAAUGAAUUGCAGCCUCAACUUGCGGCAUUGAUUAAUGGCAGAUUCACGAAAAUGUGGAAAUUCAUGCUCAAAUGCCACCAGAAACAGUUCCAAGCUAUCAUGGAGAGUAAAAGUCAGUCUAUUAAGAUUAACCUUGGUGUGUCAGGAGAUGAAGUUCUGAAGGCCAUUGUAGAACUUGAAAAGGAGCUUUUGAAUUGGUGCAGUCAGUUCAACAUUUGGGUUAAGACUCAAAAAACUUAUGUCAAGAAUUUGAAUGAGUGGCUCUUGAGAUGCCUUCCUAAUGAACCUGAAGAAACAGCCGACGGUAUUGCCCCUUUCUCUCCAAGUCGGCUUGAUGCUCCACCAGUUUUUAUUAUUUGUAAUGAUUGGUAUCAAGCAAUGACUAGAAUUUCAGAAACGGAGGUGGCAGAGGCCAUGCAUGAAUUUGCUCAAAAACUACAUGAGUUAUGGGAAAGGCAAGAUGAGGUGCAACGCCAGAGAAUCAAAGCCGAGUAUCUCAGAAAGGACUUUGAGAAGCAACUUAGAACAUUACGCACAGAAAUGGGAGACUUAGAACAUGAUAAAGUUUCAGGAAAGACUGCAUUGUCGAAGUUCACUUCUGAUAGCGGUGUUUCACCACUAGAUGAUCUAAAGGUGGACUUAGAUUCUAUGAAGAAGAAAUUACAUGAAGAGAGGGUCAAGCAUAAAGAAGCCGUCAAACUUGUUCAUGAUGCAGCUAAUAAUAGUUUACAGGCUGGUUUGAUUCCCAUUUUUAAGACAUUAGAGAGUUUCACUUCAGAGGUGGUGAAAGCUCAUGAACAAGUUAGGCUUAAAAAUUCUGCUGGGGAUUCGUAGAGAUUCCAACUAUUUUAUUUCUUUUAGAGUGAAUUGAUUGGGGGAGUUUAGGGGUUGUACUUGGAAGAUUUAGAACUAACCCACCAGUUUUGCAGCUAUAGUUAAUCUUAUUCUGUAGGAAAGCGUUUGCUUGAAACAUGUUUCAGCACUGAAGGGUCACCCAAUCUACAGUUAGAGGAAAAUUGUAUAGCAAAAAAAAUUCAUUUAUUGAUUUAUUGGUUGUAGCUUGAAGGUGGACUAUAUAUGUUGCAUAUGCCUAGGAAGGAGUAGGAUCUUUAUGAGGAGGAAGCAGGGAAAUUUUGUAGUUAUUUCAAGAAUGAUCGAUCUGGUGAAUUAAAACAUAAUCUCCUGCAGUUUUGAUUCUUUCAUCCUUUGAUGAAAGAAUUGAUUGUGUGCUGAAUAUGAAACCAAUGUUCAUCAGCUCGAUGGAGGAAACUAAAUUUUUGUAAUAAUAAGGGAUGAGGGUUCACAGUGAAUGGAAGUGUUGUAAAUACCACCUGGUGUCAUUUGCCAGCCAACAGUGAAUGAAUUACCCUAAUCCCUAUAUGGAAAGGGAAAAAUAGAAUGGGAUGCAGAUGAACUAUAAGGAAAUAAAAUGUUUUUAAAUUAUUUGGUUGUCAAAAAAUCUGAUAGGAAGGAUAUUUAUAUUUGUGGUCUUCA